AGAGAGAGAGAGAGGGAGGGGUGGAGGGCAGAAAAAAAGACUACGCCUGCUCCUGGUCACAACAGAAUACAUGUAAGAUCUGUUUAUGAGCACAUGCAGCCAACAAGCUCUCUUCUCAUCUGGAUGAAGUGUUUCAGUCGUCUUAUCUGUGAAGUAACGGAGCAGAAUGUCACGACGGGACCAGAGGUUUCGGAGGGGAAUAAAAGGACGAUCUUCUUGUUCUAAAAGGAAACCCAGCAGGACAACAGACAGAACAGGGAGGAAACCAUGGUGUUGUGAGUGUAGCUGCAUCCUGUCCCACUGGUACUAUGAAAAAGAGGGGCAGCUUUACUGUAAGAAGCACUACUGGGCCCGUUAUGGAGAGCACUGCCACGGCUGCAACGAGAGCAUUACAAGUGGACUCAUUAUGGUUGCUGGAGAGCAGAAGUACCACCCUGAAUGCUUCACUUGUGAGAGCUGUGAAAUGUUCAUCGGUGAUGGAGACACCUACACACUUCUGGAACGCACUAAACUUUAUUGUGGUCACUGUUUCAGUCAGGGGGUAGUACCAACUACAAGGUCAACUUCUCCACUCAGCAAGAGUCCCCAUAGGGUCGCACUGGUGUCUUUCCCUCCCCAUGAAGGUGGCCGAGGAGGCUUGGCUUUAGCCACUGACCUCAGCCAAGAGAAGGGUCUUCUUGUCACUGUGACAGGGUUAGACGCAGCUGAGCUCAGCCCUGACCUGCUAUCCUCUAUCCACACUGGCGACCGAGUAUUAGAGGUCAACGGUGUGCCUGUCAGCAGCAUUUCAAGAGAAGAAAUGAACUAUGUUAUUCAGGACACAAGCAGACCGUUGCAGCUAACCAUUGAACACAACCCACAUUCAACUGACAGCCUACUUCCCUCAAACAAUGCCAAGGAAGAUGUCAGCUGUCUUGAUCCCUGCGUCCACAACAAACUUAAUUCAGCCCACAAACUUCCGAGUCUCGAGGAAGAACCAAGUCAAGAAGAGGAGCCAGAUGUACCAAGCAACAUGAGCCUCUCCCUGCCUCAGCAACAAGGGCCAAGGGGAAUACGAUCCAGACAUAUUCAGCGCAGCUGUAGUAUAGACAAAUUUCCAUUGUCCCCUGGAGCACUGUCACUUUUAUCCAAUAGAAGGGACAUGGUUCGCUCAGAGUCUCUACGCGUAGACCCUGGAGAUCGGACCCAUCGCAUCUUCAGACCUUCAGACCUCAUCCAUGGAGAAGUACUAGGCAAGGGCUUCUUUGGACAGGCUGUCAAGGUAACGCAUCAGGAGACAGGGGAGGUGAUGGUGAUGAAAGAGUUAAUACGGUUUGAUGAAGAGACACACAAGACUUUCUUAAAGGAGGUGAAGGUGAUGCGCUGCCUAGACCAUCCAAACGUUCUCAAGUUCAUUGGAUUGUUUUAUAAAGAUAAACGAAUCAACUUUGUCUCUGAAUACAUCAAGGGAGGAACUCUCAGAGAAACCAUCAUUAAAAUGGACAAGGAGUUUCCCUGGGGAACUAGAGUGGGUUAUGCCAAAGACAUUGCAGCUGGAAUGGCCUAUCUACACUCCAUGAAUGUUAUCCAUCGAGAUCUUAACUCACACAACUGCCUGGUCAGAGAGAACCAGACUGUGGUUGUGGCAGAUUUUGGACUAGCCAGGCUGGUGAUGGAGGAGAGAAAUCAGAGCCAAAUAUCCUCUCUGGAAAGGCAUGGGAAGGGAUAUGUGGGUUUUGCCACAUUGCCAAAUCAGGUUCACAGAAAGACAGUAAAGAAAGGCUUCACAUUCACGCUCAUGGUGGUAGGGGAGUCUGGCCUCGGUAAAUCGACACUCAUCAACAGUUUGUUCCUCACCGACCUCAACAAAGACAGAAAGGUUCCCAACGCACAAGAGCGAAUCGAUCAAACAGUCGACAUCGUCAAGCACACGGUGGGCAUUGAGGAGAAAGGUAUCAAGUUGAGACUCUCCAUCAUAGACACACCCGGGUUCGGAGAUGCCAUCAACAAUACAGAGAGCUGGAAGCCGAUAGAAGACUACAUCGACCAGCAGUUUGAACAGUACUUCAGAGAUGAGAGUGGGUUGAACAGAAGAAACAUCCAGGACAACAGAGUGCACUGCUGCCUCUACUUUAUCUCGCCCUUUGGCCACGGUCUUCGACCUCUGGAUGUAGAGUGCAUGAAAGCUUUGCAUGAAAAAGUCAACAUCGUUCCCAUAUUGGCCAAAGCCGACAGCCUGACACAAGAGGAAGUGUUUAGAAAGAAGAUGCAGAUCAGAGGGGAGGUUAAGCAGUUUGGAAUCAACAUCUACCAGUUUCCUGAGUGUGAUUCAGAUGAGGACGAAGACUUUAAGUGUCAGGACCAGAUACUCAAGGGCAGCAUCCCAUUUGCCGUAAUUGGAAGCAAUGUUCAAGUGGAGAGUAAAGGUCGGAGGGUCAGGGGUCGUAUUUAUCCCUGGGGUGCAGUUGAAGUAGAGGACCCAGCUCACUCUGACUUCCUGCUGCUGAGGAACAUGUUGGUGAGGACGCACAUGCAAGACCUGAAAGAUGUGACCCGAGAGACCCACUACGAGAACUUCAGAGCCCAGUGCAUCCAGAAUAUGACGCGCAUGGUGGUGCAGGAGAGGAAACGCAGUUUGCGUGAGAGGUAUCAAGACGCGAGCGAGGCAGAUUUCCCUCUGCCGCUCGCCGCCGUUGACACAGAGCGGGAAAGGCUCAUCUUUGAGAAAGACGAAGAGCUGAGGAGGAUGCAGGAGGUUCUGCAGAGGAUUCAGGAGCAGAUGCAGCGCAGCCAGAGUGAAGGUUGA